AUAUUGUGAACCUUACAUUCUAACAGUUGAAGGACAUUUCAAUAGAUCACGCAAUUUGAUGCGAAGGGCUUGAAUGCUAAUUGACAGUUUGUAUUUGGAAAUAGUGCAAUUGUAUGAGGAGUAUGGCAUUUCAACGUUAUGCGUUUUUUCUUUCACUCUGUUUGCUAGAAUGCUACGGAUUUCUCGAAAAUCCCAACAAUCCACAGACGCCUCUGAGUUUUAUGGUACUAGGCGACUGGGGCGGUCUGCCUUUCUUCCCAUACACGACCCCAGUGCAGACAGCGGUCAGGGACCAGAUGGUGACUUACGCCCUCCAACAUCACCCGCGCUUCGUGGUCAGCCUAGGCGAUAACUUCUACCUGUACGGCGUCGAGAAUGCUGACGACACACGCUUUAACCUGACGUUCGAAGAGGUGUAUUCCGACCCGUCCUUGCACAUACCAUGGUACGUGACUGCCGGAAACCACGACCACUACGGCAACGUGACGGCUCAGAUCGAAUACUCCAAGAUAUCCAAUCGAUGGAAAUUCCCAGAUUACUAUCAAAAGAUUACGUCGCACGCCCCUGGCGGUCGCUCCGUUGACGUCAUUCUAAUCGACACCAUAGUAUUAUGUGGCAACGUGUACGACUCCCACGUGCCGCCUGUGGGCCCUGCCGACUCUGGCGCAGCCGCCGCCCAGUGGGCUUGGCUUGAGGAGUCACUGAAACAAUCCAGGGCGGACUAUAUCGUGGUCGGCGGUCACUACCCAGUGUACUCCGUCGGCGACCACGGACCGUCGGCCUGUCUGCGGAGGCAGCUUGAGCCCUUGCUGCACACGUACAGGGUGUCGGCGUAUAUCGCAGGACAUGACCACAAUCUACAGCAUAUUCAAAUGGCUAGAAAUAGUUCAAGUGUUACCAACAACGCCAUGGAUUAUUUCAUCGUAGGCUCGGGAAAUUUUGUGGAUGCCAGACGCUUGCAUUUCGACGACAUACCGGAAACUCAAGUGAAACUCUUUUUCGGAGAGUUAUUACACUUUGGUGGAUUCGCGUGCUUCGAGGUGUCCGGUGACACGAUGACAGUGAAGAUGAUUGACGGAUUGGGAAAUCUACUGUACCAGUAUCCGAUACACCCGCGAAAGUAAUGAAUCCGGCGAUUUCAGACAAUCAAAAAACAUGCCCGUUCAACGUUACAAUAAUCUGCUUUGUUGGAAUUCGAUGGUUUACUUAUUAAAAUCAGAACGUAA